CCCAGCCCAUGAAGGGGUCAGGAUGACGGUCAGCCGGCCCCGAUCCCAGUUGAUUUGGCUGAGCUCCCCCUCUUUCUAGAGGGGUAAUCCUCAGCAUGCUGGCCACCUACCAAGUUGGGAGGAGAUGAGUCGCUAUCAUGGAAUCCCAGAUGCUUCUGUGGUCUCCCUCCUGCUGUUCUUGUGUUUCACACACUCAGGACUGGGCAAAAACUGCACCUUCUCACAUGAGCCUCUUCCUACAACUGGUGCUUCAAAGAUCAUUGAACUGAAAAAACUCCUGCUCUUGGAUUACCCAGUGUCCUUGCCAUCUAACCUGAAAACAGAUGAAUAUUGUGUUGAACUCUGGCAACUUCAUAUCGCCUUCAAGGAGCUGAACCGCAUGCAGCAGGUGGCUGGAUCUGAACUGCGUGAAAAGAUCGCAGAGUUUAGGGAGCUGAAUUUACAGGGGUUGUUUGACAACUGUACACUAGAAAGUGAUUGCGUUGAAUUUGAGAAGUCAAACAUCUCCGUGUUCAUGGAUUCCAUUCACUCAAACUUUGAGGCAAUGACAACCAAGAUUACCACUUCUUUAAACUUCAGUAAUUGCACCCGUAUUUUGUGCCAGUCAGGUUCUCUUCGCACUCCAUAUCCCGGUUACUCUCCACAACUGCUGAAAGACAUGCAGGCAUCCAAAUCAGCCAUUCGGAGACAUCACUACUGGCUUCUGAUUCUGCUUCCCCUGCUGCUCUGUCUUUUCUGCAUUGUGAAGUUUUCAGGCAGGGUCCCAUUCCAGCCAUCGCUGCUUCAAGAAUGAGGAAAUUGAAAGGAUGACAUUGUCCCAAAGCAAAAAGGAGACAUCGUUCUUUCGCUUAUGCACCAUCAACAAUGAGACGCUUUCACUUUCCUCCCUGUGGGAUUCCAUUUACAGGCUUCAAAACUAGGGGACAUCACCGAAUUUCGUGAAUACGCCAUUUUGACUCAAAACUCCCAGCUUCUGACAUGAGUUUUCCACACUUGGGACAAAUCUGCAGUUGUUUUUGUUUUUUCCACUGACCAUGCAAAUGAAACUUUUCAUUUCUCCCCAUCCAAACUCAUGCCUUUUUUCCAUCUGGGUGUGCCAAAUGGUGUAAAAAUGGAGUAAACUGUAAGAAAAAAAACAAUGUUAACAAUGCCAUAUAAGCUGAAACAAAGGGGAGACCCCCAGUAACAAACACAGAAAAAAACAAAACAGCCUUACAAUGACAAUGUACCUGAACAAAAAAAGAAAUGGAUAAAAAGGUUGUACAUUUCUGCUGAGGAGAAGCUGGACUCUAUGGAAUAUAUACGAUGGAGACACGAUUGCUUCAGUACCACAUUGUGUCAGAGGAUGGUGCUGUGUCACAAUUUUUAUACUGACAGUGACAUAUUUUUUAAAAAUAUAUAUAUUUUUAUUUUGUAUAAAUAAAAACAAUGUUUAGGAGCUA